UUUGAAUUAUGACGAAGUGCUCACUGCAAAUUUUGAAGUAGAUGAAGAAGAUUCAACCAAAGCACGUCGUCAUUUUCAGAAUCCUGUACUGGCUUAUAUCACGCCCUGGAAUUCAAAAGGUUAUCACCUGGCAAAGAAGUUUGCCUCCAAAUUUACACAUCUGUCACCUGUUUGGUAUCAACUUAAAAGUGAAGGGGCCAACUUAGUUCUUGAUGGAAGGCAUAAUGCAGAUAAAGAAUGGAUUUUGGACAUUCGAAAGAAAGGAGAUGCUCUGAUUUUACCCAGAGUUGUUCUUGAAGCUAUCCCCAUGGAUCUUCUUAAGAGGAAGAAAAAGAGGGAUAAAGCUAUAAGAAUUAUUAUUGCAGAGUGCAAGGAAAUGGAGUAUGAUGGUAUUGUUCUUGAGUCCUGGUCAAGGUGGGCAGCUUAUGGUGUGUUGGAUGAUCCUGAUAUACGGAAUAUGGCAUUGCAGUUUAUACGACAGCUUGGAGAAGCCAUGCAUUCUGUAAGCUUGGAAAGAAACAAGAAGAAAACACUGGAGUUAGUUUAUGUGAUAGGCCCACCACAUUCCGAUAAGCUGCAGGAUCGUGAUUUUGGGACCAAUGAUUUACAAAGUUUGGGUGAUGCUGUGGAUGGUUUCUCUCUUAUGACUUAUGACUUCUCAGGACCCCAAAAUCCAGGCCCAAAUGCACCACUUAAUUGGAUACACUCUACGUUGCAGCUCCUUCUAGGUGGUCGUGUAGGACAUGAUCAGAGUUUGGCUAGAAAGAUAUUUCUUGGCAUCAAUUUCUAUGGAAAUGAUUUUGUCAUUUCAGGAGGAUUGGGAGGCGGGCCGAUUAUAGCGCAUGAGUACGUUUCAUUGUUGGAGAAGCACAAGCCGGCAUUGGAGUGGGAAAAGACCAGUGGGGAGCAUUUCUUCGUGUACACUGACGAUCAACAUGCCAGACAUGUUGUAUUCUACCCAUCGUUCUUGUCACUUGUAAAGCGGCUUGAGGCGGCACUCUCCUGGGAUGUUGGCAUCUCAAUAUGGGAAAUUGGGCAAGGAUUGGAGUCCUUUUUUCAUUUGUUGUAAUAGUACUCAAGGCUCUCUAUUUUGCCUCAUUCAUAGAAAUAUAGAAUCAUAGCCGCUUGUAACACAUAAAAAUUUGUGUUUGGUUGGAGGAAAUAGGAGGAAAGGUUUAAUAAAAAUAUUUUCGCAAUUUAC